GGAAGAAUGCGUUGAAGAUAUCUGCACAGUUAUUUUCCAUCAUCGAGAGAUACUUAGUAAAAAUUACUCGGAUACCAAAUUAGAUCGUGUUAAAAUGUUAAACGUGAAGUGGAGGAUCAACAUUUCUUUGACUUUAAGCACAAACCCUAAGGAAAUGAAAGGGAGUUUAAUACAAUGAGUUCCAAUUACGCUGACAGCCUUUCACCUUAUGAAAACAAGGGAAUCCUAGGCAUCCCAGAGUGUUUUGACAGCGAUGAUACUGUCAGUAAAAAAUGCACUGAGCUAGCCAAUUUAAUCAAGGAUUCCAGACACGUUGUAUUUCAUACUGGCGCUGGGAUAAGUACAUCAGCCGGCAUUCCUGAUUUCAGAGGCCCGAAAGGCGUGUGGACAUUGGAAAAAAAAGGCGAAAUCCCAAAAUUGAACACUUCUUUUGAUAACGCAACGCCGACUAAGACACAUAUGGCCCUACGAGCAUUAGUAGAAGCCGGAUACGUGCAGUAUAUUGUCUCUCAAAAUAUAGACGGGUUGCACUUAAGAUCCGGACUUAAACGCAGAUACUUAUCAGAGUUGCACGGUAACAUAUUUAUUGAACAAUGCGCUACGUGUAGACGUCAGUUUGUUCGUUCGACAUCUGUCAAAUCAGUUGGUCAAAAAGCACUGGGAAUCCGCUGUCGAUCAACAGUCAGUAAUGUAGGCCGGGCAUGCCGAACUGGUUAUUUGCAUGAUAAUGUGCUUGACUGGGAGCACGAUUUACCGCAGAGAGAUCUCGAUAUGGCUGUCAUGCAUUCUACAAUGGCUGACUUGAAUAUAACUCUGGGAACAACUCUACAAAUUGUACCAAGUGGGAACUUACCCUUAAAAAAUAUUAAAGGCGGUGGUAAACUUGUUAUAUGUAAUUUACAACCAACAAAACAUGACUCUAAGGCACACUUAGUUAUCUCAAGUUAUGUUGAUGAAAUACUAUCGAGGGUUUGUAAUAUUUUAGGUAUUGAAAUAUCAGAAUAUUCAGAGUCGUCUGAUCCCACAACACAGUCAAACUUGGUUGAAUGGACUUUGCCAUUGAAUCAUAUAAAUAUUAUUGAAAGAAAGUUUAAAACACAUUUGAAAGAGACAGUUGGGUGCAAUCAAAAGAAAAAUCCGGAGUAGCUGUUACCUCCCCCGCUUUAUCCAAGAUACAUUUUUACAAUAAAUUUAGUUAUUUGUAAGUUUCUGUUUUAAUUUUAGUUACAAAAAAGUGUGAGAUAUACAUGGAAUAGCUUAGGGACAACCUGUAUUUCACGAAAGUUAUAGGCGACAAGCAGCAGAGAUAAUUAUAAGAACUUCACCUUAAAAAAGCGGGAAGGGUCUUAACAGGAACUGAGGUAUGUGAGACUGUCCCUAAACGUUCCCUUUUGGGCCAGCGCCACCAAAGGACAAAACUGGAAACUUUCGGUGUAA